AUGGCGCACACCGCCUUACGGCAACCGGCCGCCCGCCUCGGACGAUGUCUGCUCACGACGGCGCAAUCACAACCCCGACGCGCCUCGACACAACAAGCAGCACCCUCACCACGCCUCCCGGCCGCCUCGACGCAGCAGCGCCGAUGGCACAGCGAAUUCUCCUCGGUCAACCCCAGCGAGGUGGAACACUUUACCGCCCUCGCUGCCGACUGGUGGUCGCCGCACGGCUCCUCGCGGCUGCUGCACCUCAUGAACCCCCUCCGCCACGACUUUAUCCGCGCCUGCCGAGCCGGCAGCGACGCGCCCGCAGAGAAGCUCCGAUACCUCGACAUUGGCUGCGGCGGCGGCAUCUUUGCCGAGAGCGCCGCCCGCCUACCCACGACGGCGCACGUCACGGCCAUUGACCCGACGCCGUCCGUCCUCGCCGUCGCCCAGGCGCACGCCAAGCGCGACCCGGCCCUGCGCGGAAAGCUCGAGUACCAGCUGACGUCGAUUGAGAAUCUCGCCGUGCCCGAGCGGCCCUAUGAUAUUGUCUCGCUGUUUGAGGUGAUUGAGCACAUUGAUGAGCCGGGCGCGUUCCUCGACCGCGUGCAGCCGUUUGUGCGGCCGGGAGGGUGGCUGGUCAUGAGCACCAUUGCGCGCACGUGGACAAGCUGGUUCACGACGAACCUCGUCGCCGAAGAUCUCCUGCGCAUUGUGCCCCCCGGCACCCACGACUGGAGCAAGUACAUCAACGAGGACGAGCUGCGGGGCUUCUUUGCAGGCAAGGGCUGGAACAGCCCCAAGGUCAUGGGUGUGGUCUACGUGCCGGGGUUGGGGUGGAAGGAGGUUCGCGGUAGCGAAAAGGUGGGCAAUUACUUUUUCGCCGUGCGACGAAACGAGUAA